AUGGAGGGCAGCGUUGACACCGAGGAGCCCCCGCUGCUGCCUCUGGCACUGAGCAGCUUUCACAUCUCCGAGGAGUUUGGCUUCUUGCUUCCCGAUCCUCUGACAGAGCUGCCAGCACCCUACAGCCCCUGGAUGGACAUUGCCCGUGAGCUGCCCCAGCUGAUCACAAACCAUCAGCUCCGCUCACGAGUGCACCAGAUGCCGCAGCUGAGCCCCCAGCAGCUGCGAGGACGUGAGGAGCUGCACUUGGCACACCUGGUGCUCAGCUUCAUCACCAUGGGCUACGUCUGGCAGGAGGGUGAGGAGGGCACCGUGCAGGUCCUGCCCCGAAACCUCGCUGUCCCCUUCUGGGAGGUCUCCCAGGCCCUGGGCCUCCCGCCCAUCCUCAGCCAUGCAGACUUUGUGUUGGCCAACUGGAGGAGGAAGGAUCCCAAUGGGCCUCUGGAAAUGGAGAACCUGGACCCGAUCAUCGCACUGCCUGGGGGAGAGAGCCUGCGGGGCUUCAUCCUUGUCACCCUGCUUGUGGAGAAGGCAGCUGUGCCUGGCAUUAAGGCAAUCCCCCGGGCCCUUGGUGCCACCCUGCAGGGGGAUGAGGAGUCCCUGCACAGAGCCCUGGAGGAGCUGGCAGGGGCCAUCGAGGCCAUGAGGGAGGCACUGAGGAGGAUGCACGACUAUGUGGAUCCAGAAGUAUUCUACUCUGUGAUACGCAUCUUUCUCUCUGGCUGGAAGGACAACCCUGCCAUGGCCCACGGGCUCAUCUACGAGGGGGUGUCCCCGGAGGCGCUGGCGUUCUCGGGGGGCAGCGCGGCGCAGAGCACGGUCCUGCACGCCUUCGAUGAGCUCCUGGGCAUCUGCCACCGCCAGGACUGCGCCGCCUUCCUGCACAGGAUGAGGGAGUACAUGCCCCCAGCGCACCGAACCUUCGUGGAGCAGAUCCGCGGCGCGGUGUCCCCGCGGCACCUCAUGCUCUCCUCGGGGAACCCGCGGCUCAGCGCCGCCUUCAACCGCUGCGUGUCGGCGCUGGCAGAGCUCAGGUCCUACCACAUCACCAUUGUCACCAAAUACAUUGCUGUGGCAGCGGCCAAAGCCAAGGCCAGGCGGGCAGAGCUGAGUGAGGCCGGCCCUGCUGUGCGAAAGGCGCCGUCGGCACUGGAGGAUAAGGGAACCGGAGGGUCGCACAUCUUCAGCUUCCUGAAGAGCAUCAGGGACACCACCAGGGAGGGGAUGAUAAGGGCCUGA